AUGAGCUCUCCUCAGUCUCUUGCCACCCCAGGCGGCAUUUCUGAUCCCGCCUUGAUCACCCUCGUGAACAAGCUCCAAGAUGUCUUCACAACCGUCGGUGUCACCAACCCCAUCGAUCUGCCCCAAAUAGUCGUCGUUGGUAGUCAGUCCAGCGGAAAGAGUUCAGUCUUGGAAAACAUCGUCGGAAGAGACUUCUUGCCCCGAGGUAGCGGCAUCGUCACCCGUCGACCCCUCGUCCUUCAGCUCAUCAACCGUCCCGCGACCUCUGAAUCCAAUGGCGUCGAGGAGUUGGCCAACACUACUACCGACAAGCAAGCGAACCCCGACGAAUGGGGAGAGUUCCUUCACAUCCCCGGCCAGAAGUUCUUCGAUUUCAACAAGAUCCGCGAUGAGAUUAGCAGAGAAACCGAGGCCAAGGUCGGCCGCAACGCCGGCAUCUCCCCCGCCCCCAUCAACCUCCGAAUCUACUCCCCGAACGUCCUCACCCUGACCCUGGUCGAUUUGCCCGGUCUGACACGCGUGCCCGUGGGAGACCAGCCCCGCGAUAUCGAGCGCCAGAUCCGCGACAUGAUUCUCAAGUACAUCACCAAGUCCAACGCCAUCAUCCUCGCCGUGACCGCUGCCAACAUCGACUUGGCCAACUCGGACGGUCUGAAGCUUGCCCGCGAGGUUGACCCUGAAGGUCAGAGGACGAUCGGUGUUCUUACCAAGGUGGAUCUCAUGGACGAGGGUACCGAUGUUGUGGACAUUCUGGCUGGUCGCAUCAUUCCCCUGCGACUCGGCUACGUCCCCGUGGUCAACCGUGGCCAGCGCGACAUCGACAACAAGAAGCCGAUUACUGCGGCUUUGGAAAACGAGAAGAACUUCUUUGAAAACCACAAGGCCUACCGGAACAAGAGCUCCUACUGCGGUACCCCCUAUCUCGCCAGGAAGCUCAACCUCAUCCUGAUGAUGCACAUUAAGCAAACCCUUCCCGACAUCAAGGCCCGUAUCUCUAGCUCUUUAUCCAAGUACUCGGCAGAGCUCGAAAGUCUGGGACCUAGCAUGCUUGGCAACAGCGGGAACAUUGUGCUGAACAUCAUCACCGAGUUUACCAACGAGUGGCGCACAGUGCUGGACGGUAACAAUACUGAGCUUUCAAGCACAGAACUGUCAGGUGGUGCCAGAAUCAGCUUCGUUUUCCACGAGCUGUACUCCAACGGUGUCAAGGCUGUGGACCCCUUCGAUGUGGUCAAGGACGUCGACAUUCGCACUAUUCUCUACAACUCAUCCGGUUCCUCCCCGGCUCUGUUCGUCGGCACUACCGCCUUCGAGCUGAUCGUGAAGCAGCAAAUCAAGCGCCUGGAAGACCCUAGCUUGAAGUGCGUCUCCUUGGUGUACGACGAGUUGGUGCGCAUUCUGUCCCAGCUUCUCGGCAAGCAGCUCUACCGCAGAUAUCCCUCGCUCAAGGAGAAGGUCCAUGCUGUUGUUAUCAAUUUCUUUAAGAAGGCCAUGGAGCCCACCAACAAGCUGGUCAAGGAUCUUGUGGCAAUGGAGGCAUGCUACAUCAACACGGGUCACCCUGAUUUCUUGAACGGCCACCGUGCGAUGGCAAUCGUCAACGAGCGAUACAACCCCUCCAAGCCUGUUCAGGUCGACCCCAAGACCGGCAAGCCCCUCCCGGGUGGCACACCUAGAGCAUCAAGCCCGGUCGUGCCGGAGGAUGCUUCAAACUCUGGAUUCUUCGGCAGCUUCUUCGCUGCGAAGAACAAGAAGAAGGCCGCCGCAAUGGACGCGCCCCCGCCGACGCUCAAGGCCUCCGGAACCCUCUCCGAGCGUGAGAACAUUGAGGUCGAGGUCAUCAAGCUGCUUAUCUCUUCUUACUACAACAUCGUCAGGAGAACCAUGAUCGACAUGGUCCCCAAGGCUAUCAUGCUGACCCUUGUCCAAUUCACAAAGGACGAGAUGCAGAAGGAGCUUCUGGAGAACAUGUACCGCAGCGACACCCUGGACGACCUCCUCAAGGAGAGCGACUUCACUAUCCGCAGGAGAAAGGAGUGCCAGCAAAUGGUUGAGUCUCUCGGUAAGGCCAGCGAGAUCGUCAGCCAGGUUCAGUAA